GUCACUUCCGCCUCGCGUCCCCGACGUCUUUUCCGUUUCUCCGGGCAACAGAAACAACGAGCGAGAAAAAAAAACGCAACAGAAGGGAUUAUAAAUUUUUUAAAAGUCUGGGGUUACUGGCAUCUCAUGUAAAAUGGCUGAAGUCGAAGACACGUUAAAGAGAAUUGAAGCCCGCGAAGAUGUGGUUGGAAUUAUCAUAGUGAACUUAGAUGGCGUUUACUUGAGAUCAACUCUAGAUGACGCAUUGACUGCUCAGUGCACAAAACAUCUUGACAGACUCACAGUGAUGGCCAGGAGUGUGGUCAGAAACAUCGACCCUGAAGAUGAUCUCACCUUCCUCCGCUUACGUAUCGAGAAGAAUGAUAAGCAUGAGAUCAUGGUGGGUCUAGGUGGGUGUCUCAUGAUCCCUGGCACAAACAUUUCAUUCACUCAAAGCUUAACUUCCUGCUCAUCUCUUUCUUUUGUCUUUGCAGAGAACGACUAUUUGGUGAUAGUCAUCCAAAAAAUACGUUAAUAGCUGUGUGAUUUUUUCUGAUUCUUAAGUAAAUUCCUUUAAUUUAUACACAACAUGCUGUUUAUUUUCAUUUGUAGAAGGAAUUUCUUCAAUUUUUCACUUGCUGUGAAAUGAAUCUGAAAUAAAAGAGGGGUUCAAUGUGCAGUCUA